ACCAUGGUGGUCCCGGUGCAGAGCAGCCCUAUAAUGGAUCCCAGUGUUUUCUGUGGCAUCUUUCUGGGUUCUUAGCCAAAUUUGCGAAGGGAAUCAUAUAGCUUUAACUCCAAAUUAGCACAGAAUCAUCAAAAUAAUUUUUAACAGUCCUGUUCGUGAACUGGUAGGCUACAUAUUUCCGUCCUAGUCGGAGUUGGACUGAUCGUGCCUUGAAUGUACAGCUCACAAUCUCGCAUCCACCGGUAGACGGCAGCAACGACUAACUUCAUUAGUUUAGGUUUAACGCCUACUUAAGAAGAUGAGGUAUGUUUGUUUGUCACAAUCUCAUGAAAUGCCAAGUAGCCAGCGCAUUGUUUCCAUAUGGAACACACAUUUGUUGUCAUUUUCAAGAAAACCCUACAUUAGGUUUAGGCCAUGGUAAUAAUAGCUUGCCAUUAUUUUAAUAAAAUUAACUAUAAUACAUUCAUUGGUUUUAUUGUUGAUGGAACUGAUACAAUUGGGUAGAAAGUGGCAUAACAUAUUGAUACAGUGUUGCAAAACUGCGACAGAAGACCAUUAUUUAGGCUACAUUGUAACAUGGAUGUCGGCUGCCUCAGUGACCUAAUAGCAGAGAUGCUAGAGCGACUGACAGCUUGUCAGGCCAGUGAUGUCAAAUCCCUGAAUUUGUGGGACAGUGCAUGCAUGAAUCCAGUCGCGCUGACCGCACCACAGCAUGGGUUUAUUAUCAGUCCUGCGGAGGUUUAAGAACACUCCGGACCAGGAAGUGAGGAUCCUGCUACUGGGGCUGGACAAUGCUGGCAAAACCACCCUGCUGAAACAGCUCGCCUCUGAAGACAUCAGCCACAUAACCCCCACACAGGGCUUCAAUAUCAAGAGUGUGCAAUCCCAGGGCUUCAAGCUUAACGUGUGGGACAUCGGAGGUCAGAGGAAGAUCCGUCCCUACUGGAGAAACUACUUUGAGAACACAGACCUGCUGAUCUACAUCAUUGACAGUGCUGACAGAAAGCGCUUUGAGGAAACAGCUGAGGAGCUGUCUGAGCUGCUUGACGAGGAGAAGCUGAGCAUGAUCCCCAUGCUGAUCUUUGCCAACAAACAGGACCUGAUGACGGCGGCCACUCCGGCCGAGCUGGCCGAGGGGCUCAACCUGCACACCAUCCGCGACCGCAUCUGGCAGAUCCAGGCCUGCUCCGCCCUCACCGCCGAGGGAGUGCAGGAUGGAAUGAUAUGGCUAUGCAAGUGUAUACCCACUAGAAGGAAAUAACCAUGGGAAGGAACCGUUUUUAGAAUUUGAAUGUGCUGAAUGCCAACAAAAGGCAUUGUGUAACAACUAUUUAGUUCCAUAAAGAUGACAAAUGUCAUGAUAAAUGAUGAUCUGUUUUUGGUGUCUGUCAUGGUACAUGGUCACAUCUCAUAUCAUUAUUCUUUUUGAUAACUUGAUGACUUAUGUAUAUUAAUACUAGUGACUAUGUUACAUUUGUUUGCACUAUAAUAGACUGCAGUCUCAGAGGAACUUUAAUAACCAUUUUAUUUUGAUAGUCUUUGCUUUUUUGAUACAAUACGUACACUUAUGCACUGUAAGAAUAAAGAAGCAGAGAAAUUGUACUUUUUUGUAAGUUGUUUACACUACUGCUGAAUACAAUGUCUGACUUUUUAAAUAAAGCC